AUGGAGUUUGUAAAUUUGAUGUCAGCAUUAUCAUUGAAUGAUAACAACACAAAUAAUUCAUUAUCAUUUGAAAAAGACAGUGAAUGUAUAUUAAAUCCAAUUUCUGUAAAAAUUGGUGAUAUUCAUACAGAAAUAAUAUUUGGUGAAUAUGCUGAUCGAAUUGUCCUAAUAAUCACACAAUAUGAGAAAAUUGGUGGUAGCAUGUAUUUAGUGUCAAAAGAUGAAACUGGAGUAAAUGGUCCACUAACCGAACCUGUUUAUACCACAAAAAGUUUAUUUGGAACGGAUGAAUUAUUACAUCAAGUAGCUGCACGAUUCUUUGCUGAAAAAUUAAGCAUCACAAAACCUUUGUUAAUAUUUCUUUGUUUAAAGGAUUACGGUCCUGAAAUGUUAAAAUCGAUUGCGGCCAGUUUAACACAAAAGUAA